UUUUGUGAUGAAAUACAAAAAAAUUAUGAAUUGGACGAUGUCGUUUACAGCUGCGUUUGAUAGCAACAACGCUCAUUAUCUGUUUGAUAAAAUUCCUCAAUGAAAUUUCCAUUCAACUGAGUGAAAAUGCUGAGACAACACGUGAAGAAUCAAACUCUGCUUAAUCACUCUCUUAUUUUCCGAUGAUUCACUAUAUAUUGUGGCAGAGCUGCGUAGCUUCGAAAUCCCGAAAUAGUAAGCUUUUUACGAAUGAAUUCUUGUCCUCUAAGAGACGACGGAAAGCCGAUGAUGUUCACAUCAAAGACACCCCAAUUUUUCAAGAUAAUUCUUGGUGAUGGAAAGCUUUGCAUUCCAAGAAAAUUUGUCAGACUGUAUGGAAACAAUCUGCCAAAUUCCGUAAUCCUGAAAGUUCCAAGUGGUGCGAAAUGGAAAAUAGAAUUAACGAAAUCUGCUGGUGAGAUUUGGUUUCAGAAUGGCUGGCAAGAGUUUGUUAAGUAUUACUCUAUAGCUUAUGGAUCCUUUUUAAUUUUUCAAUACGAUCAAACAAAUUCUGAAUUCAAUGUAACGAUAUUUGAUACGAGUACGUUAGAAAUAGAUUAUCCAUUCGAUGUCACUAACAGAAACAAGGAAGAGUCUCAUCUUGAGAAACAGUUUCGUGACGAAGCUGAAAUCUUGAAUCACAAAACAAAAGGGAAAUCACCAUUAAUAUCUUCUCACCCUCCUAAUAAGAAAAUCAAGCUAGAGAGGUCCGCCCGAAAAGAAGAAGGAAAUAGAGCAGAAACAUUGGCAGCUGAAGCAAAAGCUGCAGCAGCUUCUAAUUUUCAAUCUAAAAAUCCUUUCUUCAUGGUUGCAAUGUACCCAUCAUUUCUUCACUGGGGUGAUAAUUAUAGACCGUCUAUACCAGCAAACUUUGUAAAGCAAUAUUUCAGCAAGUUACAAGGCAGUGCCAUCCUUAGUAUUGAUGGGAAUUUAUGGCCUGUUGAGUACAAGUAUUACGUCUCUGUCCGAAAAACAGAAGCAAAAUUGAAUAAAGGUUGGAAAGAAUUUGCAAUCCGAAAUCAUAUAGAAAUUGGAGAUGUUUGCGUCUUUGAACUGAUUGACCCUACUAAUACUACAUUAAAAGUUACCAUUUUUCGACAUAUCAAAGAAGCUAUUAAGAGCCCAUCGCUUGGAAACAAGAAGAAAAUAAAACAAGAAGAGAGUUGUGGCGAUGAGAAGACUGCCCCCAGGCAUUUAUGCUCAGAUUUUUCUAAAGCUGUUGAAGCUGCCAACAAAUUUACAUCGGUGAAACCGUUCUUCAAAGCGAGUAUAUCAGCUGGCGCUAGUUCAGUGUAUGUGCCAUCAGAAUUUGCGAUGAAAUACAGCAAGAAAAGCGGAGAGAAUGUAUGGUUACAAAUUGGAAACAGAAAGUGGGCUGUCAAAUUAAUUAUCAACCGCGCAUCUUAUGGUUGGUUGUCUGCAGGAUUUAGUUUAUUUGGAAAAGAAAAUUGUCUGAAAGAAGGAGAUGUUUGCAUUUUUGAGUUGAUGAAUGCUGAAAUGCUUCUGCUAAAAGUUUCCAUUUUCAGAAAUGUUGAGAAAUAAUUUGUAUGGUUUUUUUAUGCUAAAACUGAUAUGUUAUGCCAACCAACUUUUUUGGUUCUGUAAUUAUUUAGAAAUUGUGGGCAAUGGAUGAUUUAAUAGAGUCUAAAGUUUGUGGA